CCGAAAUAGGCGUUCCUCGGCAUUUCCGGUCAAAACAUUACCUUUAAUGGCAUGAAGGAAAGUCUCACCCAAAUGGUAGAAAUUUGUUAAAAUUUGAAGAGUUAAAGAAAUUUCAAGAUGUCUGCGAAGCUGAAGAAGGCGGUGGAUGAAUGCCGCGACACGAAUAACACGGAAUUAGAUCUGGUAGAUCGAGGAAUCCACGGUGUAAUGGAUGCUCCAGGACUUUAUACAUUGAAACACCUGACAAGGUUGACAAUCAGCCAUAAUAAAAUAACAACUGUUCCACCCAAUGUUGUUGAGUUAUACAAUCUGGAGAUUCUGAACCUGUUUAAUAAUCAUAUACAAGAACUACCCACACAGAUUUCUUCUAUGGCAAAACUCAAAUAUCUUAAUUUAGGGAUGAAUAAAAUAACCAAUUUGCCUCGUGGAUUUGGUGCCUUUCCAGCUCUGGAAGUUUUAGAUCUGACUUAUAAUAAUUUAAGUGAACACAGUUUGCCUGCUAACUUCUUCUGUUUAGAUACAUUAAGAGCUCUAUAUUUGGGAGAUAAUGAUUUUGAAACUGUUCCACCAGAAAUUGGAAGACUGAAGAAUCUACAAAUUUUGGUGUUUCGGGAGAAUGAUUUAAUAGCCUUACCAAAAGAAAUUGGUGAUUUGCACAGAUUAAGAGAUUUACAUAUCCAAGGCAACAGAUUAACAGUUCUACCUCCAGAAUUAGGUAAUUUAGAUUUGGUUGGUACUAAACAAGUUUUUAAAGCUGACAAUAAUCCAUGGGUUACUCCUAUAGCUGACCAGUUUCAAGUUGGUGUAUCUCAUGUUUUUGAUUACAUCAGAUCAGAUACAUACAAAUUUUUGUAUGGACGUCAUCUUGCUGCUGGAGGUGCCCCACCCCCUAAAACCAUUGAUAAAGCCAAAAAACAGAGUCGACAGCCAGCCAAAUAAAUUAUCUUAAUAACUGAACAUUUUCUAUAUAUUCUUCAAUUUCUUUAACUUUUGAUAUCUUUAAACUUCCAUAGAUAUAUUUUACACUGCUAAUAUGUGUUCAAAAAAUAAAUGCAAGGGUAAAGGAAACAUUGUAUAUUUUAAAGAGGCAUUAUGGGAGAUAAGAUAAAGAGCUGGCAGUUCCCACAAUAAUAGUGAAAAACUAGAUAAUGUAAAGGGAAUUUGUUGAAAAUUUCAGUCAAAUUGAUCUACUCUGAACCAAGAUAUUAGCUUUUGAAUUUUAGGCCUAGCAUGAUAAAAAACAUAGUCUCGAUUAUCCAUUUUUUGGAUUUAAUCAUCAAAGAGCAUUGAGCAGCAAAUCAGAUUCAAAUCCAAUGGGGAUAGUACGUCAUUGAUAGGGGAAUCGUAUACCAAUGCAGAUAGUAUGUCAAUGAUAUGAUGGGGGUAUCGUAUACCAAUAUCUAUGGUACGUCAAUGAUAGGGGAAUCGUAUACCAAUGACAAGAGUUACUAUUGUCUAUGCAUGAUAUGUAUUGUUAUAUCUAACGCAUUAUUUUUUUGUUAUGUUAUUUAUGUGUAUUACUGAAAUGAUUUAAUCAAUAUUAUCUCAUCUCUCCAUGGUCUCUAAAUGGUUCAUCAAAAAUAUUUACUCUUUCCUGACAGACAUAGACAAUGUAAAUCAUAUCACAGUGCAUCCAGGUGGUCGUUUAGAAAAGCCAAAUACUUGAAGACGUGUUACAGAUAUUUCGGACAAUAAGACGACUAGUAACCAGAAUCAAUGGACAUGCCAUUAAAAGUUCAGAAUGUUCUGAAUUGACCAAAUUUCAUAAUAAUAAUGCCAAUUUCAAUUCUUUUUAAUUGAGAAAAGCCAAAUGAUUUGAGGUGUGGGACAGUCCAGAUAGUUCUGAUUAUAAGAUUAUUAAUAAAUAUAAGCAGUGAGUGUUCUAGAUUAAAAGUUCAGAAUGUUCUGAAAUGAUUAAAAUGUCAUAGUACUGAUGCAGAAUUCACUUCUGUUUAAAGAUACAUUAUGGGAGAUUCGGUAACGAGUUGGCAGUUCUCACUAUAAUAGUUAAAAACUAAAUAAUGUAAAGGCAAUUUGGUGAAAUUUUCAUUCAAAUUGAUCCACUAUGAACCGAGAACUAAGCGACUGAAAUUCCCAUAAGCCUCGGUCAUCAUUACUAAAGUCAGUACGAUAAACAGCAUAGUCUCGAUUAUCCAUUUAAUCGUUUAAUAGAGAAGGAAAGUUAUGCAGUAAAUCGGCUUACAAUCCACUAAAGAUCGCAGGCUAGCGCUGCCAUCUAGAGUUGAUUAUGGCCUGGAUAGGUAAAUUAAUGUCUAAUUAAUAAUUUAGAUAACAUUUCAGGCCUAAAGAAAGACCUGAAAUAGGCAGAUUUAGCUCUUGCAUAAUGCAUGUUUAACAGAGACUCCAUGAUAAAGUAGAAUCAGAUAACAGGUGUCCGAUUAGAAAAGAAAGGGGGCUUUAACAUGUUUAUUCAAGGCUCUAGAUGGACAUGUCCUUGUAAAAUCAGAUACAUAAUGUCUAUUCAAGGCUCUAGAUGGACAUGUCCGUGUAACAUCAGAUACAUAAUGUUUAUGAUGAUUAAUGGAUUGAUUGAAUAAGGACAUUUUGUAAUGGUUGGGUGCCCUGUUAGUCACGAUGGACCUGUCCAUGGAGCAUGUGUAGCAUCACUGUUGAAAUGAAUUUAGUAAUAAAGUAAAUGCUAUAUUUAUGUAGAUGGAACAUUUAGUUUAUAUAAGUGUAUUUUAGUUUAUACAGGUACUUGUAGUUUAUAACAGGUACUUGUAGUACAUAUUAUAUUAGUGUAUUUUAGUUUAUAAAUGGCAUGAUAUGUAUUUAUAUUUAAAGAUUAAACUGUUUUUAUAUAUAA